UUUGGUUCAGUUCGUCUCACACUCACACUCUCCUUCCCACACUUCUGAACCAUAAAAAAUUCACUCAAGCUCCACCAUGCCUCCCAUAACCAUUUCCUUACAACCUCUCAUCCAUGGCCAACGCAAUCACUCUCUCUAGCUCCUCUCUCCUCUCCCGUUCCCUCUUGUCAGAACCCACUUCCACUCUCACAUUUAGGUUCCAAAUAAGGCGUAGCAGAAGCAGACCCAAAACCAUGGCCAUGGCACCCUCCCUCCGUACCAAAGUUACUCCUGCCGUGAUCGUCGGUGGUGGAAGGGUCGGAAGAGUCUUGCAAGACAUUGGCAACGGCGAUGAUUUGCUGGUCAAGAGAGGAGACCCUGUACCGCUUGGUUUCAGUGGUCCCAUCUUCGUUUGCACCAGGAACGAUGAUCUCGAGGCUGUUCUUGAGGUCACUCCUCGCUCCAGAUGGAACGAUUUGGUUUUCUUCCAGAAUGGGAUGCUGGAGCCCUGGCUUGAAAGUAAAGGUCUUGAUGAUGCUGAUCAAGUAUUGGCAUAUUUUGCUGUAUCCAAGCUUGGGGAACCUCCUGUUGAUGGAAAGACUGAUACCAAUCCUGAAGGUCUGACAGCGGCAUAUGGUAAAUGGGCCGCUGCAAUUGCAGAAAGAUUGCAAGCUGGAGGUCUCUCAUGCAAGGUUCUUGGUAAGGAUGAAUUCCAGAAGCAGAUGCUAGAGAAGCUAAUAUGGAUUUCAGCAUUCAUGCUUGUGGGAGCUCGUCAUCCAGGAGCGACAGUAGGAGCUGUGGAGAAAGAUUACCGCUCUGAAGUGUCUAGCCUUAUUGCGGAGCUUGCAUCUGCAGCAGCAGCUGAAAAGGAGCUAGUGUUUGAAGAAGCCAUGGAGGAGAGAUUAUGUGCUUACUCAAGAGCUGUUUCCCACUUCCCUACAGCAGUUAAAGAGUUCAAAUGGAGGAACGGUUGGUUCUAUUCUCUUUCUGAGAAGGCUAUUGCUGAAGGAAAACCUGAUCCAUGUCCUCUGCAUACAGCUUGGCUUAAAGAAUUGAAAGUUAUUUAGAUAUUGAAUUUUCUGUUUCAACACCUUUAUGAGGAAUAUUUUACUUGCGGGGAAUGCAAAUGUAUUUUUUGUUAAAAUUGUGGGAGUUGGUAAUUUGGAAAAAAAAAAUUAUUUAUUUGCCGCAUUUCAAGCACCAAUAAAUUUAUAUAUUUAUAUAAAUGUAUUUAUUUGUAAUGAUC